GUCAGCAGGACCAGGCGGCCCCCAGGGCGGGAUGCAGCCCCCACGGGAGCAGAGUAAACGUCUGCAGCAGACGCAGGCCCAAGUUGAUGAGGUGGUUGAUAUUAUGCGGGUAAAUGUGGAAAAAGUGUUGGAGAGAGAUCAAAAGAUAUCACAGCUUGAUGAUAGAGCAGAGGCACUCCAAGCUGGCGCCUCCCAAUUUGAAGCCAGCGCUGGAAAACUGAAACGAAAAUAUUGGUGGAAGAAUCUGAAGAUGUGGCUGAUUUUGAUUGCUAUAAUUGUUGUGAUAAUUAUCAUUAUUGCUGUUUGGAUUGCCACAAGCAAGGGCAGUAGCAGCUCUAACCCUGAGCCACCACCGGCACCAGGCAGUUCCACCACCCCAGCCCCACCAGGCACUACGUCAUCAUCAUCAGCUGCCCACUCGCCAUAG